AGCCGGGGGCUCGUUGUACAGGCGAGGCGGCUGAACGGUUAUAUAAGACUGCUCGUUAGGCAAGGAAUGCGUACGACAACUCGCCUUGAAGUGACUACAGUCUUCUCGUUCUUCUUCGUUCACCUUCUCUUCGAUGCUUGACGCAUUCAAGAUUCAACCUUUCGAUCUCCAGCCUGUCUUCGCGUCCUGGAAGGACGCUCCCCGUUUUCUUGGGAAACCCAAGAGAGAUCCUCCCGUCGACGAGUGGCUAGCCCAGAUCAAGGCGGGAUGUGUCGAGCGUAAGGUGCCAAAGGAAUACUGGCACAAGGUUGGCCAGCACUAUUUGGGCGACAAGGCACAGGCGCGCCUCGAGGGCGUGAAGCUAGUGAUGCAGAACAUGCACGGCGGAAGGUUCAGGUGGAACUGGAAGUCGUUCAAGACCGCUAUGUGUAACAUGGGUUGGGACAUCGACCCAUCGAAGACGGAGGCCAUCGAAGUGAAGAGCAAGCCAUCCGGGUUCUGGUGGAUAGUAGGGCGGCGCGGGGACUCAGCUUCCCAAGAACCAAAGACCGCUACUCCGCCCAAACCUAGGCCUCAGAAGUCGAGAUCCUCGACGGAUGUCCCCACUCGAAAGAGCAAACCCGUACCCAAGCGCGCGAACACGACCGGUUCCAUCCAAUCUAUCUCAUCAUUGACAUCAUCUGUGUUCUCCUCGCACAGCUGUAUACCAAAGACGCCACGAGACGCGACUCCCCCCCUCACACCUGUAGGGACACCCGGCGAGAUCACGACGACUGUCGCACAUGCGCCCCUCUGGCUCAUCAACGUAUGCCAGUCCCUCGCUCCCAUCACCCAUGAGCACCCGAAAGCGAUGACUGCGCUCUCAGCAGUGCUCAUCACCCUCGGCUCCCUACCUGCUCUCCCGGUUGUUUCCGCUGGCGUUGGCGGUACCUUCCUUGCGAGCAGCACUGCUCACGCACUCGGGUCUGUGGCCGUCGGCCUCGGGACAUGGCUAAGAGCUCAGAGCGAAGGGCAAAUGGAGAUCGCACCGAUGAGGUCAUAGCGUAGCACUCACAUCUCCCUGAUGGCCAGGAGUCGAGGGAUUAUGUCUAGAUGAACGCAGGAUAUCUACGACAUCCAGGUGCUUUACGAUGAUCCACACGUAUUUAUCUAUAACGUACAGGACGUCGAACAUCAAUCACUUGUAUACUAGCAGUAUAGAAUACAACGGCUUCCAGGAGAAGCAGUCGUGAAACAACGAACCAGCUAGACAACACGAUGAGCGAGCUGGACGGGCAACGAUCCGUGACAGGUACUGGCGGCUUUCAUCAAGUCCUUCCGGCUAGUAGCCUCAUGGGCUGCAGUGACAGCGUAAGCACUAGCCUCCAAGUCAUCCACCCGACACAGAGAGGAUGCCGCGGGUGUGUAGCUCUGGAAACAUGGCUUGUAUAUUUUUCACACUCAAAUCAAUGUUAGUGAUGGCUGAGGACACCAAGGAGAAGUUCCACAUGUUCAGAAC